GUGAGGAGGAGAGAGAGAGCGAGAGAGCGGGAUGCUGACAGAUUCCUGAUAGAUGGCUAAAAUGGCGAAAGCGUGUUCGACCCCGGCGAGCCACCAAACUGUAGGACUGUAGGUCGGAACAUGUAGCCUAGUUGCUGAAGCUGGAUAUCUCUGUGUGUGUGUUUUUAGCCCCAGUCUAUUCACAUCACGUUGUCUUCUGCAAGUGCUGGAAUAUUUUCUGUAAGUGUUUAAAUGGCAUCCACAAGGCACUGCUGCCUUGUUCCGUGCUUUUUGGGAAUACUCGUAAAUGCUUUAACCGGUGUAAUGUGUGAAGCGGAGCUCUCCUUCACACUGGAGCCCAGUGACAUCAUCGCUGUACAGGAGCAGCCCCUCAUGCUCCACUGCCAGGUGAACGGCAUCCCCCCAAUUACGACACAGUGGAGGCACAACGGCCUGCUUUUAACUCAGGAUCAGCAUCACACCACCUUCAUCAAUGGCUCACUCCUGGUCGCUCACUUCCAGAAGACCAAAUCUGAUGGCUCAUCUGACGAGGGCGACUACGAGUGUAUGGCCCAGAAUUCCUUUGGGCUGGUGGUGAGCCGCAAGGCCCGUAUUCAGGCAGCCACCAUGGCAGACUUCCAUGUCCAACCAGAGUCGGUGUAUGCUGAGGAGUCCGGUGUAGCUAGAUUCCAGUGCCAGAUCCAUGGUCUGCCAGAGCCCCUCAUCAGCUGGGAGAAAGACAGCCGUUUGGUGGACACCAAGGACGAGAGGUACACACUUUUGCCCACAGGUGUUCUGCAGAUUACAGGAGUGCGUGAGGAAGACAGUGGGAAGUUCUGCUGUGUCGCCCAUAACAGUGCAGGAGUGAAACACAGCACAGAAGCGCUCCUCACUGUUUCAGGCUCUCAGUCAUCUGUUUACAAAGAGCCUAUGAUAGUGGUCGGCCCAGAAAACCUUACCCUCACUGUUCACCAAACUGCUAUCUUGGAGUGUGUUGCUACCGGAUACCCUCGGCCUAUCGUAUCCUGGAGCAGACUAGACGGCCGUCCAAUCGGUGUGGAGGGAAUCCAGGUACUUGGCACAGGGAACCUAAUGAUCUCAGAUGUGGGUGUGCAGCACUCAGGGGUCUAUGUGUGUGCUGCUAACAAACCUGGGACUCGUGUUCGUAGGACUGCUCAGGGACGUCUUGUGGUCCAAGCUCCAGCAAAGUUUGUUCAAGCUCCGCAGUCCAUCGCUCGGCCUGUCGGCACCACCGCCAUCUUCACCUGCCAGGCACAGGGCGAGCCUGAGCCCCAGCUCACCUGGCUGAAGAAUGGGCAGAUUCUGGAGCCUGGGGGACACGUCAAACUCAGGAACAACAACAGCACACUGACCAUAUAUGGUAUCAGCGAGGAUGACGAGGCUAUCUACCAGUGUAUCGCUGAGAACAGCGCCGGCUCCACACAGGCCAGUGCCCGCCUCACAGUUCUCUGGGCUGAUGGACUGCCCGGUGUGCCCACCCACGUGCAGGCCGAAGCCCUCUCACCCACCAACAUCCAGGUGUCCUGGAGGGAGCCUGAACAGAACACUGAGGACAUCAUCGGUUAUGUGCUCCACAUCCGCAGGACUUCAGACACAGCGGAGAUGGAGUAUGAGGAAGCCGUCAGUAAGGUGACGCUGCAGCAGAUCAUCAGGGACCUGGAGCCCUCCACCAGUUACACCUUCUACGUCAAAGCCUACACAUCCCAUGGGGCCAGCAAACCAUCUGACAGUGUCACUGAGAGCACUCAUGGGGAGGUGCCAACGCCUCCUUCCCUCUACACCAAGGUGGUGAACAGCAGUGUUAUACAAGCAAUGUGGGAACCUUCCUCCAAGAUGGGCCAACAUCAAGGCUUCAGACUGUAUUACAGAAGAGCCCACACGCCGCUAUUCACUGGUCCCAUCACCUUCCCUCGCAACGUUACCCAUUACAACAUCACUCAGCUGGAUCCUGCACUCGUCUAUGAGAUAAGACUGCUUGCAUACAACCAACAUGGAGAUGGCAACGCCACCAUACGAUUUGUUUCACUUCGGGAGACCGUGGAGAAAUCUGUGUUGGAUGCCCCAUGCGACUGUGUGAAAGACGAACACAGCAAAACAUCUACGACAGGCAUCAUAAUCGGCAUUCACAUCGGAGUCACCUGCAUCAUCUUCUGUGUGCUCUUCCUCGUCUUCAGCUACCGUGGCAGGUUAAUGAUGUGUAAGACGGUUCAGGCCACCCCCCAGGCAGGGCACAGCACAGGGCUGGAAUCCUCUUCCUCUUCCCAGGGGGCCUCUGGGCUGAAUGGGGCUGCCAGAAGAGAGAUGGAGGUCAAUGGCAGCUUAGCAGGGAAGAAAGUGGCCGACAGCAACGAGCUCGAGACACUUUUCACUCAACCAACCUCUCACGACACAUGCAUGACCGACUGCUACGCGCUGAACGACACCCAGCUGUCUACAAUACCGCUGGAUGAGUUUGCAGUAGAACGAGAGACGCAGUUCCAGGAGCCUCCUGCAGCAGGAGCGGUCCGGCAGGACCAAGGCUAAUCAUGUAUGAAGGCCAGUUCACACAACACUGUCAGACUCUUCUCUCACUCAGGUUGACAAGUGUUUUCUUUCACAGUAGUUUUUCCUUUUUUGCAAAGAUUUUUUAUUGGUAAGUUAAGAAGUUCUCAAGGAUCUAGGACUGUAUAUCGGAGUGUUUUUUGGCAAGAGCUCUCUUCUGAUGGACGGCUUAGUCUGGCCAGGCAGGCCAGUUAAAUGUUCUUUAUUUUUUACAAUUUGGUCUAUUUCUGGUGUUGGACAGUCCACAGAAUAGAGAUCCCAGAAUGUCCUUGUUAUACAAUGAUGGUUUUAUUUUCAAGUUUAUAAAUAUAUAUAUAUAUAUAUAUAUAUAUAUAUAUAUAUAUAUAUAUAUAUAUAUAUAUAUAUAUAUAUAUAAAUAUAUAUAUAUAUAUACACACAUCCAUAAAUAUCUUUAUCACUUAUAUGUCAAAGUGGUUAUAAGUUAUUGGUCUUUUUUCUACUAUUCUGUGGAUGUCAAAGACUCCUGCCGCCUGCUUUCACCUACCAAUGAUUCCACCUUCUCGCUCACCGAAGAUUUCAGCCUUCGUCCAGGGAUUUGAUGUAUUCUGUCUCAGGACUUUGUUUAAGUGAUAUCAACUUUUUCUUAUGAGUUCUUGGCCUUCAUACAGACAGUAGACUUGGCUGUGUGAACCUUACAAUUCAACAAAAACCUACCUCAGCCGGAAUGAAUGUGUUGUGGGAAGCUUUUAGGAACUUUACCUUCCCCUGUGUUCACAAUUACGUUACAUGCGGAGAAACUGAUUGGUUUAAAAAUAUCAAAAUCAGGUACCGCACUACCUCAGAUGUCAAGAAUUGUCUCUCUUCUCCUGCUUGUCGAAGAAAAACGGGGGGGGAUGAGCAUCCAACAUGAAGCACUUCCAAAUGCUGAAGUUAAUGUUCUACCUCAAGAUAACAAUGUUAAUGUUGUUGCUGUUGUUGUUGUUGUUUGUCUGUUUAUUGCAUAAUGAAAAACCCUCUUUUCGCCCCUCUGGGAAAUCCUGGAUUCCCUCUGUCGAUGAAUAUGGUGUUUGUAGAUGUCAAUGUCAGUACCUCAUGCAAGUUGACAGACUGAUAACACUGUUGUAUGGAUUACAAAAUGAUAGGACGAUGUAUGAAUUGUGCUUUUUCAUUGUAAACAUUUUUUUUGAUUUAUUUUAUUCAAAAGAUCAUAAGUCUUUUUUCUUUCAGUUGAAUGAAAAGAGCAUUUAGAGACACUGUAUUGUUAAAAAUAUUUUCAGGACUAUUACGUGCUCAAUGAUACGUGAUACAUAAUGGGCUUUUGGAAGAGAGGCAAAAUAUUACAUUGUACAAACAUCAUGUACGUGUCUAAAUUUAGCGCUAUAAUUUAAUUGAAUGCUUUAUUGAUUUCAUGUUUUUAUAUGUGUACAGUGUUUGUAAAACAAGAAGAAAAUUUGACACAAAAACAUUAUUCCACUGUUGUUGUUGGUGUAAUGACUUAAAGGGAAUAGUUUCACAUUUUGGCUUUUUUUGCUGACAGUUAGACAAUACCACUUAAGUACCUGUGUUAACAAUGAAAGCUGGUAGGUAAUUAGCCUAGUUUAGCAUGUUCUGUAUAGUACAGGACAUAGCAACAUCCCAUAAAGUUCUACAUUGCUGUAUUCAUAUUACUGUUUGAGUGCAAUUUAAAUACAGGAUAUAUAACAUGUUAAUUAGUGAGCUUUAGAGGUGCCAGUGUGCAGAUUUUAUUGUGUGGAAAAAGCAAAGGGGACAAGGUUUUCAACAUGCACAACAACAACAAAAAUGCAAGAAUGAAAUCCCCUUUCAAUACCAUGGAUAUAGUGCCACUUGGCCAGCCAUGCCAACAUACUUAUGCAUUUCAAUAUCCAAUAGAAUAUAAUCUCAAAUUGAAAUAGCACAAUGUGGUGUCAACAUUAAAAGAGCGGAGUUUACUCGUGACAAAAACAAAAUAUUUUCGCCCGGGAAACGCUUGUUUGUUCCUCGGGAGUGGCCAGCGUCCCGGAUACAACCAGCAACUGCUGCUCGGAUUUUAAUGUUCUAUCACACUAUAGACUGUUUGUGUUACAGUGCUUUACUUAGUUUAAAAUACUUCCAUUUUAGGUAUAUAAUAUAUGGUCUAUUGGUAAAGUAGCAUUGAUAACUUUGAGGGGGGGUAAACAUUCUUU